UAAAGAUCUUCUUUACUAGUAUAAAAUCUCAAAUCAAGGCCAAGAGAGUGAACCACCAUAUACGAUCAAUGGCAUCUAGGUUUCAGAUCUGUUUAAUUCUCGUCUCCUUUUUCUUACUCACAUCUUCGUCCUAUGCUUCUGAAGCUGAGUCGUCCCAGUCUAAGGAGUUCGUUCUCACGCUUGAUCACUCCAAUUUCUCCGAUACUAUAGCCAAAUACGAUUUCAUCGUCGUCGAAUUCUACGCCCCAUGGUGUGGCCACUGCAAAAAACUUGCUCCUGAGUAUGAGAAAGCUGCAUCAGUGCUGAGCACUGUUGACCCUCUAGUUAUCUUGGCAAAAGUGGAUGCCAGUGAUUUGCAGAACAAAGGACUUGCAAGUCAGUACGACAUUAGGGGGUUCCCUUCUCUUAAGAUUAUAAGGAACAAAGGAAAAGAUAUUCAAGAGUAUAAGGGACCUAGGGAGGCCCAAGGCAUUGUUGAUUAUUUGAAGAAACAGAGUGGUCCUUCUUCUUUUUUAAUCAAAACUUCAGAAAUCGUUAACUCUCUUAUCGAUGCAAACAAAGUUGUUGUGGUCGGUGUGUUUCCGGAGUUUUCUGGGGAACAAUUUGAUAAUUUCAUGGCCGUUGCUGAGAAAUUGAGGUCUGAUUAUGAGUUCGGUCAUACUUCAGAUGCCAAGCUCCUCCCACGCGGUGAUUCUUCGGUGACAGGUCCCAUAGUUAGAUUAUUCAAGCCUUUUGAUGAGCUUGUUGUUGAUUUCCAGGGAUUUGAUCAGGAAGAGUUAAAGAAGUUUGUUGAAGAAGCUAGUCUUCCUGUUGUUACUGUCUUCAACAAAGACCCCACCAACCACCCUUUUGUUAUUAAGUUCUUCAACAGUGCCAACGCAAAGGCUAUGCUGUUUCUGAAUUUUACCGAUGAACAUGUUGACACAUUCAAAUCAAAAUAUCAUGAUGUUGCUGAGCAAUACAAAGGAAAGGGUAUAAACUUCCUGCUGGGUGAUGUUGAGUCUAGUCAAGGUGCCUUCCAGUUCUUCGGACUUAAAGAAGACCAGGUGCCUCUAAUCAUCAUUCAAACAAAUGAACAAAAGUUUUUGAAACCUAAUGUUGAAGCAGAUCAAAUUCCAUCUUGGGUAAAGGAAUAUCAGGAAGGUAAUGUGCUUCCAUACAGAAAGUCUGAACCUGUACCUGAAGUUAACAAUGAACCUGUCAAGGUGGCGGUUGCUGAUAACCUUCAGGAUCUAUUCUUUAACUCUGGAAAAAAUGUUCUUUUGGAAUUUUAUGCGCCAUGGUGCGGUCACUGUAAGAAACUAUCUCCUAUCCUGGAAGAAGUUGCAGUUUCUUUCCAAAGCGAUGGCGAUGUUGUCAUUGCAAAGAUUGAUGCAACCGCAAAUGAUAUUCCAGGUGACGUGUUUGAUGUGAAAGGAUAUCCUACAUUGUAUUUCAAGUCAUCGGGAGGUCAUAUCAUUCCAUAUGAUGGAGAUCGAUCUAAAGAUGACAUGAUUAAUUUUAUCAAAAAGAACCGCGAGACGCAGCCUCUUACACAAGAUACUACUGGUACAAAAGAUGAGCUGUAGAAAGAUAAUGUGUUCUUCCAUGAAGUAUGUCAGGAACUCAUCAAAGUCUCCAUUUGGCAGGUCGGGUUUUCCAAGAAUGAAGACGAAUUGGAUGAAGGACUGACACUAGCUGAACUGUAACUCGUUUAUAUAAGCACGUCGAAUAAAGAUGAGAUUAUUCUAAAUUUUCAUUUUAGGGUGAGAAUUUUUAGGUUGCAUAUUUAAGUUUCUAUUAUUUUUCGAUUUUGAUCUAUAGAAAUGAUGAUAUGAGUAGAAAAACCAAUUCUUGAAUGACUUACAUUUGUUGAAUUUAUAUUAUAAAUGUUUUUUUUGUCCCUA